GAAAUCCCUAAUCUAUUUAUUUUGGAAUAUAUUAAUUUUACACCUAAUAUACUUAUGCAUAAAAAAUAUUAGUUAUAUAUGUAGAUGAAUUUUCGGUAUUAAUAAGUUGUACUAGUAUUUUAUUUUUCUUGGUCCCCCUAGCUUGAGGCAGAAGAAGUAGUAUAUAAUACUAAUAGUAAUACCUUGUGAUCACUUGGCUUGGCUUUGGCUUAAUUUGUUUCCUAAGAAGAAGAAGAAGAAGAAGAAUGGAAGAGAAGCAGAGAGUGAUAAUAGUGGGAGCAGGGCCUUCGGGGAUAUCGGCGGCAGCAUGCUUCACGAAACAGUCGAUUCCGUACAUAAUCCUGGAGAGGGAAGACUGUUCCGCUUCCCUGUGGAAGAAAUAUUCAUACGAGCGCCUCCACCUCCACCUCAGGAAACAGUACUGCCAGCUUCCCCACAAACCCUUCCCAGCAUCUUUUCCUCCCUACGUUCCCAAGAAGCAGUUCUUGCAGUACCUGGACGACUACGUCUCCCACUUCGGAAUCACGCCGCUGUACCGAAGAACCGUGGAGCUGGCCGAGUACGACCAGGGCUGCCACAACUGGAGGGUCAUGGCCCUCAACGGGGACUCCGGUCAGCUCGAGGAGUACCGUGGGAGGUUUCUGGUGGUGGCCACUGGUGAAACCACUGACCCUUUUGUGCCGGAGCUUCAAGGCCUCAGUGGCUUUCCUGGGAAGCUCAUUCAUUCCACUGGGUUUCGUUCUGGGAAGGAUUUCAAAGAUCAGCAUGUUCUUGUUGUUGGAUCGGGGAAUUCUGGCAUGGAAAUCGCAUUGGACCUUGUCAACCAUGGUGCCAAAACUUCCAUUCUCGUUAGGAGCCCGGUUCAUUUUCUAUCAAGGGAGAUGGUGAGUUUGGGGUUGUUUCUGUUGAAAUAUUUGUCGUUGAGCACCGUGGACUCGCUGAUGGUGAUGCUUAGUACAAUGAUUUACGGGGAUGUGACCAAAUAUGGGGUUGCAAGGCCCAAUGAGGGUCCCUUUUAUAUGAAGGUCAAGUAUGGAAAGUACCCAGUUAUUGACGUUGGAACCUAUAAAAAAAUCAAGUCUGGAGAAUUGAAGGUUUUGCCAGCAGAAAUAGAAAGCGUAAGAGGCAAGGAUGUCCUAUUCAAGAAUGGUGAGUCGCACCCAUUUGACUCCAUUGUUUUCUGCACCGGCUUCAAGAGAUCAACCAACAAGUGGCUUAAGGGGGAUGAUUACCUUCUGAAUGAUGAGGGUCUUCCGAAGCCGAGUUACCCGAUCCAUUGGAAGGGAAAUAAUGGUUUGUACUGCGUUGGGCUAUCAAGGAGAGGCUUCUAUGGCGCUGCCGCAGAUGCUGAAAAUAUAGCAAAUGAUGUAAGCUCCUUCACGCAGCAUCCAUGUCCCUGAGAAGUGAGAACAAACUACAAGACCAACGACAGUUUUGCUGCAGCAAGUUUUUGAAACAUAAUUAUUACGACAUAUCAUGGCUUCGCAGAUUGCCCUGCUAGCUGCCAUUGCUGCUAGCUAGAGGGACAACAAUAUAAUCUCCAAAUAAUACUAUGAGCUCUGUAUAUUAAGAGUCUCUAACAAUUAAUUAUUUAUAAAUGUCAAUACUUGUUGUAAUUUUUUAAUGAAGAAGGAUUCACUUACUACUAAA